AUGCCUAUCAAACUGGUGGUGGAGGAAGAAGAGGAGUACCACGCACUCAGGGGCACCGGUAAUGCUCGCAGGAAUAUCAAGGCAGCAACGGUAGUAGAAUGGAAGAGAGAGUUGAACACCGUGAUUCCUAACCCGAAGCCCGACGUACCCAGCAGAGAAUCAUGGCACCUUGUGAAGCUGUUUAGCAAUCCGCAUCAAUCUGGCCUUCGGCAGCGAUGUACCAAGCUGGCUCAGGCCAUUGGCACCUGGCAGCCAUCGUUACGGGACGCAUUGAUGGCACGCCGCAAACAGCUAGAUCAAGCGAUCGAAGGUCUCGGUGUUCACGGAUUGACGGCCGAUCACAGCGGAUCGCUGAUCUCGCUGCACGUGGCACUGAAAAAUGAACUCCAGCGGCACAUCGACACCUACAAAACCGCCAUACACAAACUGGAGGAGCUUAGCACCGUGACGGUUAAUCCAGAUCCUGCCCAAUCCUCCCACCAGCGGUUGCUGGCCAUCAGCCACGGGGACAUCCAGCAGCGGUUGAUCGAUAACAAAACACUACUCACCAUGCUUGACAAACCGGCACUCAAACAGCUCAGUCAGCUGUUGGAAAACCUGACGCAGCGGGUCCAAAACGAUAAGGAGGCGCUGUUCUGCGUGGGACAGAUCCGGCGCAUCGAUACCUCAGCGAACACGGAGGAGAGACCUGCAGCUGGCCUGUUGAUGAACUACUCUCGCGGUUGCGAAGCCGUUCUGGGACUGAUGGGACCCCUGUCGGCACCUAGCAGCCCAACGAGCAAUGGAUGCGGCAGCGGAAGCGAUGGUUACCACUCCGAUUCAGACACAGACGAAACUAAUUCCGAACUGGUGCGACAAUACGGUACGAUGUAUAGCAAGAACCGAAUCGACACGUUGGAUUCGCUCAAUAGUUUACCGCAGCUGAAACACGCCCACCAGCUCAAAGCCAAGAUACUGUUCUCGAUUAUUGUGUUGGCAUUUCGCGCCUGCCAUGGCCUGAAGGAACGCAAAGUACUCGAAGUGCGCCGAACGUUGCACGUGCUGGAUGCGAACGACGACGCGACGGCCGCGCUGGACCGGGCCGUUCGGCAGAAUCUCAAAGACACCGCCGACCGGUUUCCGAUGGGCGACGUCGAGCGACAGGUUGCCAAUCAGGUGCUGUCAACGCUGCAUGAGUAUCCUUGCCUGGAGGCUUGCAUCCCGUUGAUCCACUACAUCAGCGACUGUGUGCGGCUGGCUUGGAAGAUGACCAACCAAACGGUGCCCUACUACCUGGAUACGGAUUUUACAUUGG